UCAGCGAACAUCGUGAAGUCCACAGCAUCCUAAAAUGAUUCAUUGGCUUUACAGAUUGAUCAUAAACAAGGAUAACAUCGGUUGCCAAAAAUUCUAAACGUCUGGAUUAGUAGUUUCUACGUUCUUGCGACGAUUGCAGACCGAACACGAAUAGAAGCAACAAGUUGUUAACUGAACAUUGUCCGAUUCAGUCUUGUCACCUCACCAUCACCAUCCGCUUUCAAUAACCCAACUUUCGGCCCUUCGAUCACCUUACAAAUUUAUCCGUGAAUACUCCGAUAAAAACAGCUUCCCUUAACACUCAAAAUCAGUAAUUGGUGUUUUAGUGUCUCAACGGAGGCAUUCAAGAGCAACGGUAAUCGAAAAGCCAGCCCGUUGAAGCCCGGAGAAAGAGACUGCCCCCGAGACCGAUGUCGCAUAAUCACUACAAUGAAUUGUGGCUGAUCGCGAGGAACGACUUGGAGAAAUUGUUAAUGCUCGAUCGGAGGAUACAAGCCCGGACGCGAACGAGGAGGAAGGAAGAAGGUUUGAACAUGCUGCUUCCCACGUAUUUGAGAUAUCGCAAUUUGGUGAAGAGACUGAUAGCCUGUCACGAUCAAAUGGUGCAGACGCAGAAACGCGACCUGAUCAAACGUGUUCUGGACUGCGCGGUUGGCCGUAUGCUCGACUACAAGAAAAGGAUCGUUGAUCUGAAUUUCUCGGAUUACCAGUGGCCCGACGACUUCAUGAAGCAGUUAAAAUACAGUCCGGACGAUGUCGAGAUCACGAUGUCAGCGAGUGGCAAGGACUCGGUCCAGCAGCGUAGAAAACGCAUAGAGGAGAUGAUAGAGAACGCUUUGAAAUUACCGGCAGAGGAAUAUAAAGCAUCGGUGACUGAAGCCGAAAGUCUGAUAAUGUCAGAAGCAAGCGCGACGAAAGUCCGCAGACGCAGAGUGAGGGGAGAGAGCACGGCGACCCCGUCGAUCCUUCAGGUCUCACCGGAAGAGUUAGCAGCCCGGGAAGCUCGCCGCGCCGCGGAGGAAACCAUGAGGAGAGCGAUAUUGCUUAUACAGUCUCACGAGAGAGCGAGGAUCGCGAGAAUCGCCGGAACCGAGCUGGAGCGAAUGAGCGUUUACAGAAGAAGACUACAAUUCGGAGAGAUCGUUCCAAAGAAGCUUCCCAGGGACACGUUCGAGAGAGCCGCUAGAAUAAUACAGAGAGCCUGGUGGAACUACAUGAAAAGGAAGAAGUUGAAGAAGAGAAUGUACCGAUUGGAAGAACUACUAGGAGCGGCAGCACCUCGCCACAAGUCCGACCAUGUCCUGGUGAAGGACAGAGAGAACUUUCAGAGGAAGCUGGACCAAAUGCCGGUGUUUGUUAAUCGGGUCGAACAGGCGACACAGGAUCAUCGGGCGAAACUGUGGAAGAUCAGAGGUCCAGGUCUGAUGGAGGACAUCACGGAAGAGAUACGCGAGUGGUUCAUCGUCUGGUACAACGAACUGGGUCAUUUCGACGCGUAUCCUGCAGAGAGCUUGGGCGGUACUAUACUGGUUGUCACCGAAGAAACCCUAACUCCGCAAGAGUUCCUCGCUCAGAAGAAGAUGACGAAGCCCGAUCCAAAAGCUCAGCAGCCGGAGACAACGCCGAUAAAGAAGAAGAUGAAACAUGAGACAUGGAUGGCGGAAACAAAGGCGUUCAGGCUUUUGGACGCAGCGAAUCAGGACUUCAUUGCGGACUGGAGUUUUCGUGACGAUUCGGACGAUCCUCGAAACAAGAUUUACGAGGAUCUAAUCAAGAACGCGCUGUGUUACGAGCUGCAGUUAGAGAUGAGGAAAGCGGUCGACGAGCUAAUGAGGCUCGAGCUGAAGAGGCUGAACCAGGCGCUGAAGAAAGACUGUAAAGCCGAUGGCAGGGAAGUUGAGAUCCCUCGAUCGCACGGAGGAAAGAAGAAAAGGAAAGGGGAGAGGCGAAAGAGAGGCAAGCAGGACAAGUUCACUGUGGAAGAGAGUUUCAACGAGCUGGUCCAAGCGGACAUUAUCACGAACUACCCAACAACGUGUCUGAAGGACUGGCUGGGAGAUCUGUCGUAUCAAAACUACGAGGCAGCCAGAGAGUUUCGAGACCACCGGCACCGAUUAGGCGAGAUCAAGCAAGUGGUGAUGGAGAACUGUGUUCUUCCAUUGAGCUCCAAAGAGAUACACCAAAUCGCGCCUUUGGUGCGAUCGGUAUGCAUCUGCGGGCUACCUGGACACGGGAAGAUGUUCCUGGUGAACGCGAUUUGCUCCGAGAUCGGAGCAUUGUUAAUCAACAUGACGCCGAUCGUGUUGGUGGACAAGUACUUGGGGAAGAAGAACGAGCGGAAAUUGAUAGACAUGAUCUCUAAAGUGGCUCGUGAGCUGGCUCCUUCCGUAAUUUUCAUCGACGACGCGGAGAAGGUUUGGGCGAAGAAAGUUCCUCCGGAGGAGCAAUUCGUGAAACCGAAAAGAUUCGCGAAAUAUUACCUGAAGCUUGUGAAAAGCAUCAAGCGAGGCGACCAGAUCCUAUUUCUCACGACCUCCUCGGAGCCAUAUAAAGCAACAAGUCCCUUCGUCAGGGUACACGACAAGUUCAUAAUGAUUCCUCUCACGGACUACAACACGCUGUACAUGUUUUACAAAGAUCUACUGAUGAGGUACCACGGCGUCGAUCGCGGGAUCGACGUCUCCAGCCUGGCCAAAGUGUCCGAGGGCAUUCCUCUGGAGUUCAUAAAACAGGCGGUGGAGAACGUGAUGAACGUUAGUCGAAGGAUCACCCUCAGGUUCAACCCACUGAACCAGCAAGAAAUCUUGGAGGAGCUGCUGAAGUACAAGGCGCCCGCGAAGAAGACGUUGGAUCAGUUCGUGAAAUUCGAGUCGCGAACUCCGCUCGGGAAGAAGAGAGCGAGAUUGGCGAAGGCCGAAAAGGCAUUACGCGAGCGGAUGAAACGGAUGGAGCCCAAGAAGUGAUUCGUAGAAAACGUAUCGGCCGGGUUUUUCAUCCGGGCAGACCGUUCCGAAGGUUUUCUGUCCCGCGAGAACCGUUCACCGAAAGCGAGGGAACGGAAACUUGUCAGCGAAAACCGUGGGACGUAAACGCAUUCACAGAGGCAAGGCUGCGCUUUUCAUCGAGAAAAUGUUGCGCGGUUUCCUCACCUGUUUACCAAUCGAAAUCAGGAUAGAAAUUCGAAGGGAACGGGUUGGAACGAGAAAACGACGUUCUUUCUAAGAGAGAGACGCGUGAUCAUCGAUUGAGCGAUUCCUUCUUUCUUUCGUGUCGCGAUUCGCCAACGUCCGCGUCCGGACGUGAAACUGGUUUUAGUCUUCGUAGGACGCUAAAAACGAUCCUCGAAAAAGAGAAGCCAGACGCAGCGAGGAACGACGCUGAAAAAACUUAACGCGCUUAGAUCCGGUCGUCGAUCCUAAAUACAACCACCUUCGAAUAUUCUUUACAACUUUGGCAAAGCCAGCUAACAACGUGUAACCGUGGAAUAAAACUGAGAAUGAAAUUAUGAAUGGCUAA